AUCAUUUUAAUCUUUUUUUAUUGCAUUUUUUGAUUCUUUUCUUCUUUUCCCUUUUUUGUAGAAUCAUAUUAAAAUGGCAGACUCUUCUAUUGAAAUAGGAAAAAGACAGGCGGCUUACUCUGCAGUAGAUGAAUAUAUCUUACCCGAACACAAGGUGGUCGGUAUCGGCUCUGGCUCAACCGUCGUGUAUGUGGUUGAACGUAUAUUGCAAAAGCCAGAAUUGAAGCAUAUUGUCUAUAUCCCUACCUCAUUUCAGAGUAAACUUUUGAUAUUGGAAGGUGGUCUUCAAUUGGGAAGCCUCGAACAAUACCCAGAGAUUGAUGUGACGAUCGAUGGUGCGGACGAAGUAGAUAAGGGUUUGAACGCUAUUAAGGGUGGGGGAGCGUGUCAAUUCCAAGAAAUGUUAGUAGCUCAAGCAGCAAAAAAAUUUGUCAUUGUUGCAGAUUAUAGAAAGAAAUCCAAGUUAUUGGGUACAAAUUGGGUAAAGGGUGUGCCAAUCGAAGUGGUCCCUAUGGCAUAUAAGUCAGUCCUAAAGGUGAUUGAAAACAAUCUGAGCAGCAAACCUAUCAAAGCAACAUUGCGUAUGGCAGUCAAUAAGGCUGGACCUGUAGUUACAGAUAAUGGCAACUUUGUCAUCGAUGCUCAUUUUGGGCCCAUUAUGGACCCUUACACGAUAUAUGCUCAACUCAAGAUGUUAACAGGCGUAUAUGAAGUUGGAUUAUUCUGCCAUAUGGCUGAAAAAGCCUUUUUUGGUGAAGAAGAUGGAUCUGUGGAAACAUGGACAAGAUAAGAGGAGAUCUUUAUAUCGUUUUCAAAAUAAAUGCAAAUACAUACAUUGCCUUCUUUUUUACCGUCAAGAGGCACACAUUUGUAUAUAUACAUUACGGCUAGUACUGCAUUUAUUUUGAAACGCGC